AUUCUAUUUGUAAAAAUAAGUCAUAUCAGGAACUUUCCUUUAUUCUACGUGAACUCAAGACCUAACUUGCACUUAAGUAUACCAUGUAAAAAGUUAUAAAUAGUUUCUAGUAAAUUUUAAUUUCAACAUUAGCAAAUUCUUCUGUUAUUCAUAUCCACAAUUAAUGUCACAGUGACCAUGACUUUCGAAAAGGUAUUCUCUGCAACCUUCAUUGCAGUUUUGGUAAUUGGUAAUAAUGGAGCUUCUUACGGAAGUGAUGUAUUGAAGACCAGUGCUGGAAAACCUAUUGAUAGCUUGACUGCGUCUUUAACAGCUGGUCGCCAAGGACCUGUUUUACUCCAAGAUACACUCUUGAUCGGUCAAUUAGCUCAGUUCAAUCGAGAACGUAUUCCUGAAAGAGCUGUGCACGCUAAAGGUGGCGGCGCUUUCGGAUAUUUUGAAUGUACCCACGAUGUCACAAAAUACACAAAACUGAUCCCUUUUUCCAAUAAGAGUAAACGAACUGACGUAGCUGUGCGAUUUUCCACGGUUAUUGGAGAAAGCGGUUCUGCAGACACUGUCAGGGAUGCUCGAGGAUUUGCCGUAAAAUUCUACACAGAGGAUGGAAUAUGGGAUUUAGUAGGAUUCAGCACUCCAGUAUUUUUCAUCAGAGAUCCUUUGCUAUUUCCAAGUUUUAUCCAUUCCCAAAAAAGGAAUCCAGUUACCCACUUAAGGGAUGAUAGUGGGUUCGAUUUCGACUCAUUAAGACCAGAAACAACGAACGCAAAUAUGUAUCUGUUUUCGGAUGUCGGUAUACCGGAUGGUUUCAGGCACAUGGACGGAUAUGGAAUCAAUACAUUUAAAUUAGUUAACAAACAGGGUAGAGCGUACUGGUGUAAAUUCCAUUUUAAAACUAAUCAAAAAGUGAAAAAUUUAUUCGCUGAUGAAGCGGCUCAAACAGCAUCACAGGAUCCUGAUUACAGUAUUCGUGAUUUAUACAAUGCCAUUGACAAAGGCGAUUAUCCUUCUUGGACCAUGUAUAUUCAAAUUAUGACUUACGAGCAAGCUGCGAAGUAUGAAUAUGAUCCGUUCGAUGCAACUAAGAUAUGGCCAACCGAAGACUUCCCACUGAUAGAGGUAGGGAAACUGGUUUUAAACAGAAACCCAAUCAAUUAUUUCGCACAAGUUGAACAAAUGGCAUUUAACCCUAGUCACAUGAUACCUGGUGUACAGCCCAGUCCAGACAAAUUGUUGCAAGGUCGUCUUUUUGCUUACGGCGAUGCCCAACGUUACAGACUAGGAGCUAAUCACUUACAAUUACCUGUCAAUUGUCCUUUCAAUGUUCAAGUUACUAAUUACCAAAGAGACGGAGCAUCAGAUUACGCCAAUUACAGCCUACAAGGUGCACCGGAUUAUUUCCCUAAUAGCUUUGGAGGACCACAGCCACUUCGAGGAGUGAAUAUUGCACCCUAUGAGGUCUCAGGAAAGGUGUAUAGAUAUGAAUCUGGCGACGACGAUGAUAACUAUAGCCAGGCCACAGUAUUUUGGAAUAAUCUUAGCGAAGGGGAACGUAUCAGAUUGGUACAGAAUAUUGCUAGGGAAUUGAAGCAUGCUCAUGUCUCUAUUCAGAAAAAAAUGGUGAAAAUUUUUUCCAAAGUAAAUACUAAUUUUGGUUACAGAUUAAAGAUCGCUUUGACGAUUGCAAUAGUAUGACUCGUAAUAAAAACUGUAUAAUCGUGUAGGUAUGGUUGUAUGUAAUUAAGUUACUUUAAGACUACAUGAACGUCAAUAAAACUUUUAAUUAUUUUCUUA